AUGGCGCCAUUGAUAGUGAUGAUGCUGCUGAUGAAGAUGGCARCAGCUUCUGCUCCUAGCGCUGAAAUGGACCCAAAACCUGGAAAUGGAACUGGUGUUCUUAAAGAUUUGUGCUACACAGUGGGAUUAGGAGUGAAAUCCAUCCCCUCCAUCCCCAGCAACAUCCGGUGCUUGAGCGUUACCCAGACACAGAUCAGAGAGAUUCCCCCGCAYGCCUUCAGGAACCUUCAGAACCUCAGGAAGCUAUUGAUCCGGGAGAACGACGUGCUGCAGCGGAUCGGUCAGUACGCCUUUGCCGAUCUGCCUCACCUCGCUGACGUCUCCAUAUCUGAAAAUGUUGCUUUGGAGACUAUAGGAGCGUUUGCGUUCUCUAAUCUCCCAGAGCUCAUAGAGAUAGAGAUAACCAAGAUGAAAAACCUGAAGUCCAUACAUCCUGAUACUUUCAGGAACAUUGUGAACCUUCAAUAUUUGAUCAUCUCCAACACGGGCCUGAAAAAUUUCCCAAACCUUUCCAAGAUCCAAUCUGCGAGUCAAGGCUUUCUGUUUGACAUGCAGGACAACAGCUGCGUAGACACAGUCCCUGCCAAUGCCUUCAACGGCCUCUGCACUCAGCCCAUUAAAGAAAUACGGCUCACCAGAAAUGGCAUCAAGGAGGUGGCAAGUGACGCCUUCAACGGAACAAAGAUGUACAGAUUGCUCCUGAGAGGAAACAAACAGCUAUCUCACAUCAGCCCCAGGGCUUUUGUAGGUUCCAGUGAGUUGGUGGUACUAGACGUCUCACAAACGGCUGUCAGCUCUCUGCCGGGCUCCGUCCUCGGCGGUCUGAAGAAGCUGGUGGCAGAAUCGGCCUAUCAGCUGAAGAAACUCCCUCCUGUGCAGGAGUUCACCAGCCUGCGCUCGGCCAACAUGACGUACUCGUCGCACUGCUGCGCCUUCGUAAACAUGAGCAGAAACAGAAAAAGGUGGCACCCUCAGUGUGUCCAGCCCGAGCUGAGGAGCAUCCAGGCCUUCAACAAGGAGCACUGUUCCAACUCCACCGACUUCGACUGCACCCCGAAACCCGACAAGUUCAACCCGUGUGAGGACAUCAUGUCUCCUGUCUACCUGCGGAUCCUCAUCUGGAUCAUCUCGGUCCUCGCUCUGCUCGGCAAUGCAGUGGUUCUCCUCGUACUGUUGGAGUUUGUGAUUGUUUUGAUGUUUGAAUGUGUGUCUCUGCAGGUGAGUAUUUGCCUGCCCAUGGACGUGGAGUCCCUGGUGUCCCAGGUGUACGUUGUUUCGCUGCUCCUUCUCAACAUCCUGGCUUUUGUUUGCGUGUGCGGCUGUUACCUCAGUAUCUACCUAACGUACCGGAAACCGUCGUCGGCGCCGGCCCACGCCGACACCAGAGUGGCUCGACGCAUGGCCGUCCUCAUCUUCACCGACUUCCUCUGCAUGGCUCCCAUCUCGUUCUUUGCCAUCUCUGCCGCCCUGAAGCUGCCUCUCAUCACCGUCUCGCAGUCCAAACUCCUCCUGGUCGUGUUCUACCCCAUCAACUCGUGCGCAAACCCCUUCCUGUACGCCUUCUUCACCCGUAACUUCCGGCGGGAGUUCUUUCUUCUCGCAGCUCGCUUCGGCCUGUUCAAGACCCAGGCRCAGAUUUACCGGACGGAGACGUCUUCGUGUCAGCAGCCGACGUGGACGUCUCCGAAGAGCAGCCGUGGGAUUUGCUCCUUAGCCAACACGCCGAGUGUAGAUGGGAAACAAGAGUUCUGAUUGUCCCGAACAAAUUUACAAACACAGACUUUAACAGGAUCAAUCAAUCUGAUGAGUCUUGUUUCACAUAACCAGAAAUGCUUGWAGAUGAUAAUGCAGUUUAAGAAAUAAGGGAUGCAUAAGGUUAAAUGAUUUAGAGUCUUSAUUCUCAAAUUUCCCAGUAACUUACUUUAAAUAUGCACAAACAGUUUGAUUCAGCUUGAUUUCUUAUAUUAAUUGAAUGUUUAACCUCCAAACAAGUUCGACAAGUUCUCAGUUUCCUUCUUAGAUCACAUAAUCCAUACGAAAACGCGAUGAAAUUGUUUAAACUGCAGCCAUCAAAGU